CUUCGGGUUGUUGCGAAAACGGAUGUGCCCGCUGUAACAGGCCCAUGUCUGAAAACCCAGACACGGUCACAUUACAACAGAAAGUCAGCUACACUCGAGUACAUCGGCCAAGUCAAAACAGCAGAGCAAGAUGGAGUGUGAGUGGAAGCCAGACGAGCAAGGACUUCAACAGAUUUUACAGCUGCUGAAAGAGUCUCAGUCGCCAGAUACGUCCACACAGAGAUCCGUCCAGCAAAGACUUGAGCAGCUGAACCAGUAUCCAGACUUCAACAACUAUUUGAUAUUUGUUUUGACAAAGUUAAAAUCAGAAGAUGAACCUACCCGGUCUCUGAGUGGGCUGAUCCUGAAGAACAAUGUGAAGGCCCACUAUCAGAACUUCCCUAAUGGCGUGUCUGAUUUCAUCAAGAGCGAGUGCCUCCAAAACAUCGGAGACUCGUCUCCCCUCAUCCGGGCCACUGUGGGUAUCCUCAUCACCACGAUUGCCUCCAAGGGAGAGCUACAGAACUGGCCGGAGCUUUUGCCCAAACUCUGCCUGCUGUUGGAUUCUGAGGACUACAACACAUGUGAGGGAGCGUUUGGAGCCCUGCAGAAGAUCUGUGAGGACUCUGCCGAGAUCCUGGACAGUGACAUGCUGGAUCGUCCUCUGAACAUCAUGAUCCCCAAGUUCUUGCAGUUUUUCAAGCACAGCAGUCCUAAGAUUAGGUCUCAUGCCAUCGCCUGCGUCAAUCAGUUCAUCAUUAGCAGGACUCAGGCUCUUAUGCUGCACAUCGACCCUUUCAUUGAGAACCUGUUUGCGCUGGCGACAGAUGAGGAACCGGAAGUGAGGAAGAAUGUGUGCAGAGCUCUAGUCAUGCUGCUGGAAGUCCGCCUGGACCGGCUGCUGCCACACAUGCAUAACAUCAUAGAGUACAUGCUACAGAGGACUCAGGACCAAGAUGAAAAUGUUGCCUUGGAGGCCUGUGAGUUCUGGCUUACUCUGGCGGAGCAGCCGGUGUGUAAGGAGGUGCUGUGUGGACACCUCUCCCAGCUCACUCCGGUGCUUGUCAACGGGAUGAAGUACUCUGAGAUUGACAUUAUCCUGCUCAAGGGGGACAUUGAGGAAGACGAGGCCAUUCCGGACAACGAGCAAGACAUCAGGCCACGCUUCCAUCGCUCCCGCACGGUUGCGCAGCAGCAUGAAGGCGAUGGAAUUGAGGAAGAUGAAGAUGAGGAUGAUGACCUAGAUGAUGAUGAUGAUACUAUCUCUGAUUGGAACCUGCGCAAGUGUUCAGCUGCAGCGCUGGACGUGUUGGCCAACGUGUUCAGGGACGAUCUGCUGCAGCACAUUCUGCCCCUACUCAAAGAGCUGCUCUUUCAUCCAGAGUGGGUAGUUAAAGAGUCUGGCAUCCUAGUGCUGGGGGCUAUAGCGGAAGGCUGUAUGCAGGGCAUGAUCCCAUACCUGCCUGAGCUCAUACCCCAUCUCGUGCAGUGUUUGUCUGACAAGAAGGCCCUGGUGCGUUCCAUCACCUGCUGGACACUGAGCCGCUAUGCCCACUGGGUUGUCAGCCAGCCCUCCGAUAAUUACCUGAAGCCUCUGAUGACGGAGCUGCUCAAACGUAUUCUGGACAGCAACAAACGUGUCCAGGAGGCCGCUUGCAGUGCCUUUGCCACUUUGGAGGAGGAGGCUUGCACAGAGCUGGUGCCCUACCUGGCAUUCAUCCUAGACACGCUGGUGUUCGCUUUCAGCAAGUACCAGCACAAGAAUCUGCUUAUUCUUUACGACGCCAUAGGGACCCUUGCAGACUCUGUGGGGCACCAUCUCAAUAAACCGGAAUACAUCCAGAUGUUGAUGCCUCCACUGAUCCAGAAGUGGAACCAGCUGAAAGAUGAAGACAAAGACCUCUUUCCUCUGUUAGAAUGUCUGUCAUCUGUAGCCACUGCCCUGCAGAGUGGCUUCUUGCCCUACUGUGAGCCUGUGUACCAACGCUGUGUCAACCUGGUUCAGAAGACUCUAGCUCAGGCCAUGCUUCAUCAGUCACAGCCAGACCAGUAUGAGGCCCCUGACAAAGACUUCAUGAUCGUGGCUUUGGAUCUUCUUAGCGGAUUGGCUGAGGGUUUGGGAGGCACCAUGACAGCUACUUGCUUCGAGCAGCUGGUUGCUCGAAGCAACAUUCUCACUCUAAUGUACCAGUGCAUGCAGGACAAAAUGCCAGAAGUGCGUCAGAGUUCUUUUGCUCUUCUGGGGGACCUGACAAAGGCUUGUUUCCAACACGUCAAACCAUGCAUUGCUGAUUUUAUGCCCAUACUGGGUACUAAUUUAAACCCAGAAUUAAUAUCAGUGUGCAACAAUGCAACAUGGGCAAUUGGAGAGAUAUCUAUACAAAUGGGGCCUGAAAUGCAGCCGUACAUUGCCAUGGUGCUGCACCAGCUGGUGGAGAUCAUUAACAGGCCCAAUACCCCAAAGACUCUUCUGGAGAACACAGCAAUAACAAUUGGUCGUCUUGGUUACGUUUGUCCUCAAGAGGUGGCACCCAUGCUACAGCAGUUUAUAAGACCCUGGUGCACCUCUCUACGAAAUAUAAGAGACAAUGAGGAGAAAGACUCUGCAUUCAGAGGAAUUUGCACUAUGAUCCGUGUAAAUCCAGGAGGUGUAGUGCAGGAUUUUAUAUUCUUCUGUGAUGCAGUGGCCUCCUGGGUAAAUCCAAAGGAGGAUCUCAGAGACAUGUUCUGCAAGAUCCUUCACGGGUUCAAGAAUCAGGUGGGAGAGGACAACUGGAGGCGCUUCUCAGAUCAGUUCCCCAUGCCUCUGAAAGAACGGCUUGCAACCUUUUACGGGGUGUAACUGUUUCCACAGCAGUGUGCCUCAUCAAUGGGGUCGUUCACUAUUGGAGACAAUAUAGGGAACCUCUUUUACCCAGGGAACAUGUUACCCUUUACUAGGGGGGAAGGGUCUGCCUGCUGAGGGGAGGGAAGGGGUGCGGACCCCUCCCCAACCUGAUGGACGGGGUGGGAGGGAGGUGGUAGCUGCGGUGCUCACUGCCCCCAUGCACAGGCAAGGGGGGAAAGGGGCUGGCAGAACAACCUUAUCAUGGGAGGAAAAUUCAUCUAAUCACAUCUCUAUCAGAUAUAACGCAAUGGAUCACCUUUUUCUCUCCAUUUAUCCCCCAAACAUCUUGUUUUCCAUUACCUGAACUACCGAAAAGAAAUGUACGCAAAACGUUGAGAAAACUUUGCAAAACCCUGUCAAGCACUUUUGCUCUUUGAUUUUGGUUUGAUGAGGAGUUUGCACACAUUGAAAGGUUUGUGCAGAAAGCGUCUUCGGAGCAGUUAGCUUUUUUUUUAAUCAUGUCAGCCAGGUAAAUGACAUGGUACGUCUCAACAAAACUGAAUUCUCCCAGUAGAGUUAGAAGAAGAUGAAGGUUCAUUAAGAGAGAUUUUCUCCAAAUACAAGGAUUGCGUCAAACUAAGGAAUAGCAGCUAAUGCUAAGAAUGCGUCAUAUUGGAUCUGCCUCUGGAGAAUAUCAUUUCAUAACCAAUAAUUUCACCAAGAAUAAGUUAUCACCUAUAUAGUUAUCAGAUUUUCUCAAUGUUCCUAUUUUUUAGCAGGGCAAAGGCUGUUAAAUAUGUCACUGGAGAGCACAAGAUUUACUUUUAAGAGCAGCUUUUCUGGGAAUAGGUAGCAUGCUUGUAUCAUUGUGAAAAGCUGUGGAACAUUCGUGAUGUGUGUUGCGUUUGACAGCUGUCGUUGCCCUGUGGUAAGGUUCUUCUUUGACCUUGUAAUUUAUCUACUUACACUACUUUUCUUUCCUCUACCAGAGAAUUACGGCAAUCAGCUGUAAUGUAGCAUGACUGGGUUUACACGCCGAAUUUAGGAAAUGUGUAAAAUGUUGGCUGUGAUGUACCGUUGGAGUGAAAUCUCCCAGUCUGGUCUUGUGGUGUGAAUGUUGCCAUGGACAUUCAUCAGCAAGCAUAGCGAAGCUUUAGAUGCCUACAAUCCUUUAUAUUGUCUGAGCCUCAUGGAAGAAAAGUGAAGGAGACACCACGAUGACACGAAUCCUGUCUUAGUGAUUUUUGUGACUUUGGCUGUCAGAACUACGCAGUCCAUCGAAUGAAUGUUAAAUGAUUAUUUCUCAAUGUUCUGAAGGGUUUUUUUUUGUUUGUUCUUCUUGAGUGUUUGGCUUCUUGUGCUAAAAGCAUGAUCUUGAGGAUGACUGUAUAAUGUUUUGGGUGGUUGUGUUUCGUGGGUUACUUGGAUGCUUUCUUCUCUUGCAUGUUGGUGGCCCCUCACACCCCAACAUAUAGUGGGAAGGGGAUUACGGGAGGGAGGGGAGCUUCAAUUAAAGGUUUAAAAAGUACAUUUUCACAUUUUCUUGCUGGAGUGUUCUCCCUAAACUUUUACCCCAUAGCUGGAUGUACAGUUUUCAAAUACUGUGAAACUACAACAAUGUUAUUGUCUCUGGUUGCUUUGCGCUGUUAUAUUUUAUAAAGUGUGUAAGUGUUUAAGUUACAGAUAGCCUGAAUGUAUUCCAUGAUGGGUUGGAGAAAUUGAAAGGUUUUUUUUUAUGCCCAGCUAGUCUUUUUUCCUCUGCUGGCCAGAGCAUUAACUGCAGUAUUUUAACCCUUUGCAAUGCACAUGACAUGCACUAAAAAUUUGAAAUUGCAAGUGCUUGAAAUUUAUAUGUAGCCAAACCCUUCAGAAUAUGACCUUAGCGUUAAUACUGCUUAUUAAGCAUUGCUGCUAAAAUGUAUUUACCUAAUGCAAUAAAUAUCUGGAUGCAACGAGGUUAUUAGAUUGUGAGAGUAGCUCAAUGCCCUUGAUAAGCUUUCACAGUAUGAGAAAAGUAACUGAUCUUAGCUUUAACAUCAAUAAGGCAAACAGUGGUGAAUUAAAUGCAUCAUGGAAUACAGAGGCAAAUAAUUGUAUGUGCCACAUCAUUUUGUGUUUUGAAGUGAUUUUGUCUGUCACAUUCCAGCUGUUUGGCAUGCAAAAAAAUGGAGUAAUCACGGCUUGAUGGGGUGUGUGUACAGUCCUGUUAUUCUUUCAUCGAAAGAGUGUAGGUCUAUAAAACGCACGCGAAACAAUCCCCACCAUUACUGUGCUGUAUUUCUGACUUGACUGCUGCUAUACAUUGUAGUUGUGUUUCACUACUUGAAUAUGUGUUUUCUAUGUGUUAACCUCAGGUUGUCUGUGUUCAGUGUUAUUCGUUUUCAUUUCCCCAAUGUGUAUGCCUUUAUGCAUCUCCUCUCAACAAUUUAGGAUUAGUAAAACUCUCGCCCUUGAUAUUAGAAAUGGAUUACCAUGGGUGUUAAUUGACAUUAAUGUUACAUGUGCGCAACACUGCUAGCUGUCAAACGUGAUUACAAUUGCAAGGCGGGGGGGGGGGGAUAAAAUGGUAACUUGCACAUACUUGAUGUGCUUACUGUCAAGUGAUUGUUAUCAGACUACGGUAAAUAUUUAGUGUGAUGUGUACACAAUGCCUUGAGAGCAAAUACUUUGGUUGGUGUUUUGCAAUAGAUAUACAGUAUCCUGUAUCUAAAGAAAUAGGUAACACCUAAUUUAAAAGCAAAGAAAUAGGUUGAAAUUUCUAAACAUAUUGCAACAAACAUAUAAUGUUUGACUUUCUAUGAAGCUUUAUUGAAAAUUUGUAUUUUAUAAAGCACCCACCAAUAUUAAGGAAUGUCUAGUCAAAGAACUCCUGUAUUCUCAUUUAGCCUUCAAACUUGAUUAGACUAUCUGCCUUCAUCUUUUUUGCUAGUAAAAGCAAAAACACCAUUUUGAUAGACAUGUUUUUUUUUUUUGUUUUUUUUUAAUAAGCUGCUGAAUUUUAAAAAAGUAAUACUUUUGGGGCCACCAAAUAUUUUGGAUCAUGCAAAGAAUCUAUAUUGUACUGUAGUAAUUUUGUAAUAUUUGUAAGAUGAUAUAGUGGAUGUGACUGGUUACCAUUGCUUGAAUCUGUACAUUGUUCCAAUAAAUU